AUGGUUGUGUUUUACAUCUUUUUGAUCACUUUUGUAGCCAGCGGGCUUGGCGCUGUGAUCCCACCAAGCAACACGUCACACUUUGAUGGACAAAUAAAUUUGGAAAGGAUUGUGUGCGGUCGAGUGUGGAUCACGGUACACACUUUGGAGGUACGACAAUCCACCAAUACCAUUCUUGAUGCCAUCGAACUAAACUGGGACUACACAGGUUGCAUCAGUGCUUGGAGACAGAUAGCUCUAUUCGACUUUCAACCUGGAGCAACAUCUUGGCACGAUGCAUUAGUGAAAAACGACACAAUUAUGCAAACUGGACGGUUCGUUACCAACGUGCCUCUAGGCGACGUAAACCUGCCAGGUGGAUGGCAAAACGGUCAAGGAACGAGAGGCACACAUUGUUUGUGGCCGUGGAUCGGUGGUGGUGCAACUAACGUCGAAAUCAUUAACUGCUUGAAGAUUCAGCCCACAUGGAUGCAGGAUAAUGCUGAUUUAAUAAACAAUCUACGUCUUGGCGAAUUGGCCUUACCAGGAACGCAUAACGCUGGCUCCUGGCGAUUCAACUCACCGAUAUCUGAUGCUGCCAGAGACUUGUUCGUGUUAUGCCAGGAUCGUUCUAUUUGGUCCCAAUUAGUACAUGGCAUUAGAUACUUGGACUUCAGGGCCAGUUACUACAAUACAUAUCCUAAUGAAGACGACAGAUAUUGGCUGAAUCACAAUUUCGUAAGAGUACGGCCACUUGUCCCCCUUCUGAGAGAAAUAAGGCAGUUCCUAGACUCCACUAGAGAGUUAGUGAUCCUGCAUUUCCACCAAUUUCCAGUUGGAUUCGAAGAAAAUAAUGUUCUUAAUCGAAAUGUUCACGCUGGACUCCUACGCAUUAUCGAAAGGGAACUGGGCCCCCAUAUCGCACGCGCACACGAUUUCCCAUGGACCGCUGGGUCGAGAGGCCCCGUGCUAUCGAGUUUCAUUAACGCCAAUAGAAGGCUCAUUGUACCGUACAACCAAGAUCGAAUUGUUAGUGAAAACAAUUGGCUUUUUCCUCAACUACCCCAUUUAUGGGCAAACACGAAUAACGUGGACGAAUUAUUCCGUUACCUCGACAAUCAACUUCAAACUCAAAAUCCACGGCCAACUUCACGUAAUCCAAUGCAUUCAGCUAUGGCUCAAACUACCCUUACGGCUACCGAUAUUGCAUUAUUCCGAAGCUCAAUUAGGCAAGCUGCGAACGAUGUCAAUCAUAGAGUGACUUGGAGAUUAUUGAACCAGUGGCGAAGAACUUCAAAUAUCAUAGCUUCGGAUUUUUUCCUCGGAAAUGAUGUUAUAGACAUGUCCAUCAUUGUUAGCAGGGAACGAGGACUUCAAAAAGUCGAAAUGGCUGACACAAAUGACGAAACUAUCUAGGUUAUAUAUAUAGGUUAUUUUUGAAA